AUGUACUUAAGGUUGUAUUCGAGGAAGCUGCGCGAAACAGUUGAAGGAUAAUGGAGUAGGUAUUAUGGUAACAGUAAGUGCGUGAUAGUGGAAGGCAUGGGUGAGUGCUGCCUAGACAUGUUUGGGUGAGCUGCUAAAGGUAGACAGGUGGUUUGGGUGAGCGGGUGAGGAAGAGCGAUGUACUGAUUCUGAAGACAGAAACAGGAGCUUGGCUGUUCAGUGUCCUCAAAAGUUUUGCCCACCUCGUGAGCGAAAGAUUACCAAAUGAGUGAAGACAUGAUGAGGUAGAUACUGCUAACCGUAAUUGGUCCUAUGUGUUUGUUUGUUUCCCUGCACUCGGGGUUAUUCGUUGCUUUUCCCUGUCCCUCAGGUAAUGCUGGAGGAAUCUUCAACAUUGACACUGCCCUCGGCGUGAUCAGCCUCACCCGAACCCUGGCCGAGGCCCAGCCCCCGGAGUACCUGCUGCUGGUGCGGGCCACGGACCACGCCGCGCAGGCCCGCGCCGCCUCGGUGCCGGUCCGGGUCAUGGUGACCGCCUCGCAGAGCUCGCCGCCCUCCUGGCAGGGCAAUAAGCCGCACGUGGAGGAGGUCGGGGAGUGGGUGGCGGUGGGCACGGCCCUGGCGCGCGUCACGGCGUCCUCACCGUCGGCCCUCCACUACUCGCUGACGGGCGGGAAUGAACACAGCGCCUUCGUCAUCAGCCCCGCCUCGGGGGUGGUCAGCGUGGCCACGCCCCUGGACUAUGAAACUACCUCCUGGUACAACCUGACCAUCACGGCCACUAACCUGGCCGGGGUGUCCCGCAGCACGUGGCUGGGCGUGACGGUCCUCGACGAGAACGACUGGUGGCCGGAGUGGGAGCGACUUUCCUACCACGGCAGCGUCCUGCAGACCGCCGGCCGCGGCGCCCCCGUGCUUACCGCCCAUGCUCACGCCCAGGCCAGCCCCAGCCAGCUCACGGUGACCGCCCGGGACCGUGACCAAGGCUACAACGGCAGAGUGACCUACACCAUCGUGGAGAAGGACAUCACAAAGUUGUUUUCAAUCAACCGACGCACAGGAGCUAUGUGGGUGUCUGGCAGCCUGGACACAGUGGCCGGCACCACGGUGAGGCUGAGUGUGUGGGCCACGGACGGGGGCAGCCCCCGGCGGGAGUGUGUGGCGCCCGCCCCAGUCUUCAUCACGGUGAGGGAGGUGAAGGCUGCCCCCGUGGCCUUCCCCAAGACCCACUACUCAGCCGUCCUCUACCUGCCAACCUACCCUGGUGUGAGGGUGUUCUGCCUGGGCCGGGAGGAGCAGCUACGCCACCACGUGGAUGUGAAUGAUAUCACCGAUAUUUCAUAUUCCAUCGCUGCCGGUGACGACAGAGAAAACUUUGUGUUUGACAACGUGAGCAAGUGUGUCAAGGUCCAGGACCAGUACAGCCUCAAGCCUCAGUACAACCUCACCCUCCAGGCCAGCGACGGGGCCGCCUCGUCCACGGCAACAGCAGAGAUUAUAAUUGAAGAAGCGCCGCUGUCUACUUUGGUCUUCACUCAGGACCAGUACUGGGCCAACGUCAUUGAGAACUCCACUAAGGAGAUGAAUGUUGCUGCCCUGGGAGUGAAGGGUCAGCCGCUCAACCAUCACGUCCGCUACUCAAUUCUCAACCCAAACAUUAAAUUUGAAAUCCACCCGACCGCUGGUGUCAUCAAGACCACCGGCAAGUCCUUUGACCGGGAGACAGAGGACCACUACACGCUGGUGGUGGAAGCGCAGGACAUUGAGGGCACAGCAAACGUGGCCCAUGUGCUGGUCCACGUGGCGGUGAUGGACGUGAAUGACAACGAGCCGGUGUUCCUCAACCAGCCCUUCCACGCCCUGGUGUCCACCGUGUCUCCGCGCAGCCACGUGGUCACUAAGGUGCAGGCAAUAGACGCUGACUCUGGGGAGUUCGGAAGUGUCCGCUACGAGCUGGUGCGAGGCAGCGGUGAGCUCUUCGCCGUGAAUAAGAAGACGGGUGAAAUUUCCCUGAAGCAGACCCUGAUGGCGGCCGACAAGACCUACAGCCUCACCGUUGCUGCCUACGACGGGGGAAAGCCUCCCCUCAGCUCACAGGCCCAUGUCCUCAUAAGGGUGGUGUCUUCUGAAGGGCCAAUGUUCACCGCCGCACGGUACGAAGCAGCCGUGCCAGAGAACGCCGCCAAGGGCACGCCCGUUGUAAGGGUGGAGGCCGCCAGCCCUUCCGGGGAGCCCAUCAUGUACACCAUUGUGGCCGGCAACACUGAGGAGCUGUUCGGCCUCGACUAUUCCACAGGUGGCAAUGCAGUGGAUCUUGAAUGCGUCGUCCAGACCACUGCCCUGCUGGACUACGAGGCCUCCGCCAGCCACAACCUGACGGUGCGGGCGCGGGACCCCUUCACCGGGGGCCACACGGACACCCACGUCACAGUCGCAGUCACGGACGUCAAUGACAACCCGCCGGAGUUCAGCCGUUCCGUCUUCAAGGGAGACGUGUCGGAGGCUGCAUCACCGGGCCACGUGGUGCUGCAGGUCUCGGCAAGUGACGUGGACACGGGGCCGGGCGGUUCAGUGCGCUACUCGUGUGUCAUGGAGUGUGGCAGCUUUGAGGUGCGUGCCCUGGACGGUGCCGUCACACUCACCAAGGAGCUGGAUGCAGAGACUGAGGCUCGACACGUGCUGACUGUGCUGGCCACGGACUCAGGCAUACCCCAGCUCUCCUCCACCGCCACAGUGGUUAUUGACGUUGUGGACUUCAACGACAACCCUCCAGCGUGGCGCCAGGACAGCUACUCCUGCCGCGUGUCGGCCGAGGCCCAGCCCGGCCAUGUGGUCACCUCGGUGUCUGCCACUGACCCAGACGCUGGUCAGGUCACGCCGCUCAGUUAUGCCAUUCACUCGGGAGACCGAGACGCCAUCUUCAAAAUGGAUCAGCUGACUGGUGUGUUGACGGUGACGGCCCCACACAAGCUCAAGGACGUGGCCUCCCUCACCCUGAACCUGUCCGUGAGUGACGGGGUGCACGCGGCCUUCACCGGCCUGCACGUCUCGGGGCUGACCUCCAACCACCACGCGCCGAGGUUUAAUCGCACUCUAUAUGAAGCUUACGUGGAGGAAAAUUCAUCUCCUGGCCAGCUAGUCAUCAACCUGGUAGCCACGGACCAUGAUGCCUGGGACCUGGGCAAGCUGCAGUACACCAUCCUGCACCAGACUUCAGAGGGAGCCUUCACCGUGGACAAAGAAGGCAACCUAUACACUGAGACACCUCUGGAUCGCGAGUCCCUGCCCAUGCACAGCCUCAAGGUGUCUGUGAUGGACGAGGGGGGCCGGGCCAGCUUCACGGCGGUGCGUGUGACGGUCCGUGACAAGAAUGACAACCCGCCAUUCUUCAUGUUGCCGGAGUAUCAGGCGAACAUCAACACUGACGUGGCUCCCAGGACAACCAUUCUCAAGGUCGAGGCCAUUGACGCAGAUGAAGGGGCAAACAGUGAAGUGAGGUACCGCAUGUAUGAAGCCAACAGUUCUGAGGCGCUGGAGCUCUUCUCGGUCAACCCCACCACCGGCGAGGUCACCGUGGUGCAGACCAUCCACAGCCGAGAAAAUGAGGUGUACCAGUUUUUCAUCCGUGGCGAGGACAGCGGCUCCCCCCAGCACCACUCUGACGUGCCCGUCACCAUCUUCCUGCUGCCCCCUCAUGAGAACCCCCCGCACUGCGCCAGGAAGUAUGCACAGUUCUUCAUCAGGGAGGACGCCCCCAUCGGCAAUGUGAUCACGUCCCUGUGGAUGGCGGGGCCACAGUCGGUGCAGUACUUGAUCAUGGUGGACGAGGACAUGAAGGCAGCCAGUGAGGAGAGGGAGUCUGGGGAGAGUUCAGGGCCCUUCACCGUGACCUCCACUGGCCUGGUGGUGGUGCACAGGGCCCUGGACCAUGAGCGGCGACGCACACAUCGCAUCAGCGUCACCAACCGUACACUGACCACGCCGCCCAUGGUGGACUACAUGACCAUCUCUGUGGUGGUGAUGGACGUGAAUGACUGCCCUCCACGCUUCUCUGAGUCCGGCUACACAGCUCUGGUGGCCGAGAACAGCGAGGUGGGCGCCACCAUCACCAUCCUCACGGCCACUGAUGACGAUGAAGGAAACCAUGGCCAGAUCCAGUACAGCCUCAGCCCUGAUGAAAGCGCUGUAGUGAAGUCAACUUUCCGCAUUGAUCCACACACCGGGAUGCUGACCCUGGCGGCCCCGCUGGACCGCGAGACCAUGGCCCAGUACUCCUUCACCGUCACUGCCACUGAUGGGGGCCCCAAGCCUCUGUCCACCAGCACAAGAGUCACUGUACUGGUCAAGGACUACAAUGACAACCCUCCAGUGUUCACCAAAGACACUUACGUCACUGCUGUGCCUGAGGACACCGCCACGGGCACGGCGGUGGUGGAGCUCAGCGUGACGGACGCCGACCAGUCUGUGGCCGAACUUGACUUCUUCAUCACCGGCGGCGACCCUGACGGCCAAUUCCUGGUGCACGCCUCAGGGGAGGUGUACGUGGCCGGUGAGCUGGACCGGGAGUGGCAGGCCGAGUACACCCUCACCGUCACCGUCACUGAUGGGAAGUUUACGGCCAACACGACUGUUACUGUUACCGUCAUCGACAUCAACGACAACGGUCCGGUGUGCAAGGAGCCAAUCUACCGUCGGGAGAUCUCUGAGGAUGCCACCCCAGGCACCCACGUGGCCUCUGUUGUGUCCUGGGAUGCUGAUGAAGGCACUGCUGCCCGGAGCCGCUACAUUCUCACCGGGGACAGCGCCCACCACUUCAGUAUUGACCAGCUGAAUGGCCACGUGGCCACAGCCACCCAGCUGGACAGAGAGGCACGGGACCACUACCACCUCACUGUUGUGGUGGAGGACUGGGAGCACAAGGCCUGGCAGUGUGAGGUGGUGGUGGAGGUCCUGGUGACGGACACCAACGACAACCCCCCAUCCUUCUCCCUGGCCACCCACGCCGCCACCCUGCCGGAGGACGCGCCCAUCAACACCGUCGUCCUCAAGAUGUCUGCCACGGACCCUGACCUCGGCAUCAAUCGACGGCUGCUGUACAACUUUGUGGACUCAGCGGAGGGCCACUUCACCAUUGACGAGAUGGAGGGUGUGGUCAGCCUGGCCCGGCCCCUGGACCGUGAGACAUUGGACUCCUACAGCCUGACAGUGCGCGCCGUGGACCAGGGAAGCCCACCGCUAUCAUCCACCACGCAGCUCAUCGUCACAGUGUCAGAUGUGAAUGAUAAUGCUCCUGAGUUUGUGAGGAAACUCCACGAAACUUCCGUGGCAGAGAACACGGCCGUGGGGACAGAAGUCCUGCGGGUCAUGGCCACCUCAAGGGACAUCGGCAUCAAUGCAGAAAUCUCUUACUCCCUUCAGCACACCACGCUGGAGGAGUACCUGCACAUCCACCCAAAGACUGUCUCUCAAGCCCUUACCUUCCUCUACCUACCUGCCGACCCAACCCUUCCCGCACCUCCCUCCGCCCACCUGAGCCCUCAUGAGUCAGCCCAGACAGGUGAAUCGCGCAGGCUGGAGACGGGUCUGAAGAUCCCCGGCACUGGCAGUGGGCUGGGCAGCCUGGGGUCCAGUGGCGUGGUGCUGGCACUGGGCUGCUGCUGCUCCCAAGGUCUGUCCCUGCUGAAGAGCUUUUGCAAGACUCCCGACGGCUUUAGAGUGGACUUCAGGUCAGGCAAGAUUCAGCCAGGUGAAACUUACGAGCAGUUCAGCAUUCAACUUGGCCGCUCGUUUGAACAGUGGUUAGAGGCUUCCAAUAUUGACUUCACCUACACUUCUUUAAAGGACUUUAUGUUGCUAGAUCAGUUCAUCUCCUCUCUUCUCCCUGACCUUCGGACGUUUAUUAAGGAACGUGGAGUGCGGCCGCUGGCGGCCGCCGUACAGUUAGCCGACGACUGGUCAUCGGCGCGCCACUCAUAUCCCAGGUCUCCCAAGUCGUCAUCUGCCAGCAAGAAGACACACAAGAAAGAUAAAGCUUCCUUCGACUCCAGUUCUCCUGCCGCCAAAGUUCCUGCCUUCACCCUGAAGUGCCAUCAAUGCGGGGAGGUAGGCCAUAUCCGCCCCAGGUGCCCUAAGAAUCCUCGCGCCUUUAAGGACGCACCGUCCUCUUCAGUUAACAUAGGCUUCUGUUGGGAGGACAGGAAAGUUUCCAACUACUGUGUUGCGGGGACCAUCAACGGCGCCUGGACUUCUACAAUCAUCCGUGACGCCGGUUGUUCCAGCCUCAUCGUUUCCGAGGAGGCCUUGCCAGAUGAGACCUGCCCCUCCCUCGGCGCAGUGCGCGCCAAGGCUACUGCCGGACUGCCCGAUGUAGCCCGGAAUGGAGCGUCCUACAAGUUCUCCUGGACGAAUGGACUCCUGGAUAGAGACUGUGUCGCUUCUAGCCGGCCCGGCAAGGUCGGGACUCGGACGUUGGUGCUCCCUUCUGACUGCCGUCAAAUCGUGCUACAAGUGUCCCACGAGAGUCCCCUCGCCGGUCACUUCUCUCAUCGGAAGACGGAAUCGAAGGUGAGCGAUAACUUCUUCUGGCCUGGCAUGUGGGCCGAUAUCCGUGACUACUGUCGGUCCUACAACAUAUGCCAGCGGUUCCCUGAAGCCAAUCCACUCAAGGAUGUGGACUCUGUUUCUGUUGCUGAGGCUCUUCUGUCUUCAUUUUCCAGGGUCGGAAUUCCCCGGGAAAUUCUGAGCGACAGAGUGUUGGAACGACGAAACAAGGUGGGCUACCUGGUUGAUGACCCGAGGGGGCCUAAGCUGUACCACGCCAACCUCUUAAAAAGGUACCAUCGCCGCGCUCAAGUAAACUUCGCGUAUGUCAAGGACGAUACUUCAGCGCCGGAUGAUGACAGUUCAUCCACAGGACCUUUGGAAGCAGAGGACCCUGACGACCUUGUUCCCUGUCCUUUGGUCUGUUCCGUUCCUGAUUCCGCCCUCAACCCGGCGCUGGACAUCAACAAGUCCCUGGAGUGGAACCAGCGCUCAUCGUUAGAAGACGUACUUUCCACCUUUAAGGACGUAUUUUCAGAGACUCCAGGUUGCACCAACACCCUGCAACAUGACAUAAUUUUAACCACCACCAACAGAGUCCUCACGAAGAACUACCCUGUGCCGAUCCACCUCCGUCCUUACUUUGAGAAGGAAGUUAACAACCUCCUCCAACUAGGCAUCAUCCAGCCGUCGUCCUCUCCACACUGCUCUCCCGUGGUAAUGGUACGCAAGUCUGACGGGAGCUACCGAAUGGCCAUAGACUUCAGGCAACUUAACUCCGUUACUGUUUUUGAUGCUGAGCCCACCUGUUCCGUCGAAGGGGACUUGCACAAGUUUGCAGGAGCUACCUACUUUUCGGAGCUUGACUUGUGCAAGGCCUACUACCAGAUCCCCUUGACCGACCGUGCCAAGCCUCUCACUGCUUUUUCCACCCACCAAGGAUUGAUGGAGUUCUGUCGACUUCCCUUCGGUCUCGUCACCGCCUGCUCCACCUACAUCCGCCUCAUGAGGACUGUUCUCGCGGAUCUGCCUAACAUCUUUUAUUUUGAUAACGUCUUCAUUUACUCGUCAGAUUGGCCCAGUCACCUAACAGCUCUAACAUCUGCCCUUGAGCGGCUUCGUCAUCACCGGCCGACGGCGAAACCAUCCAAGUGUCGGUUUGGCUUCCCUUCUAUCCAGUACUUGGGGUUUGUGAUUGACGUGGUGCACCUUCGCCCCAUGCGGGACAAGACUGAGGCCCUGAAGCAGAUCAGCCCUCCUACUACCAAGAAAAGUCUUCGCAGCUUCCUGGGGAUGGCUUCGUUCUACCGCUGUUUCAUCCCCAUGGCUGCCGAGCUCACGGGACCUAUCUCCGACCUUCCCCGGAAACCCACACAGUUCAUUUUAGAAACAGAUCAUAAACCUCUGGUAUAUCUCCACAAGUCCAAGUGCUCCAACGACAGACUGUUGAGGUGGGCCCUUCAGCUGCAGAACUACCCGUUCCGGUUGGUUCAUCUUGCCGGCCGAGACAACGUGGGCGCAGACUUUCUGAGUCGCUCCUUAGGAGGUGAACGUUAG